AUGAGCUUAACUAAAUCCGCAAUUUUAAUCGCCUUGGCUGUUGCCGGUGUAUCUGCAAUCGAGCCUAUCCAAUCAGCAGAGAUCAAUGUUAUUUUAAGUGAUGCGAGAGGGCAUUUGCAAGAUUAUAUGAGCGUUAUGACAACCAUUAACAUCCCACCUGCAAUCAUGGAAAUCGGAAUGGCCAUGGCUACUGCUACAGAUGACUCUUACACAACUUAUUACUCUGAGAUUGAUUUUGAUCAGGUCAAUACCUUGGUUAGAGAGUUACCCUGGUAUUCUAGUAGAUUGGCACCAGCACUUACAGCCGCCAUGAGCACGGUUCCAACAGGAUCUGAGAGUGAUAGCUCUACAUCAACUACUGGUAGUUCGAGCGCUGUUCCCUCAACAUCGAGUGUCUCGUCCUCUAGUGCAGCAACUUCCUCUAGUGAGACCUCUUCCUCUGAAGUCGCUUCUUCAUCUUCAGGUGCAUCAUCAUCCUCUGAAGUUGCUUCCUCAUCUUCAAGUGCUUCCUCUUCCUCUGAAGUCGCCUCUUCUGCAGUUGCUUCUUCUACGGUUGCUUCUUCAUCUGAGAUCAUGUCAUCCACUAUGAGCUCUUCUUCGACAGGAGCCGUGCCAAGUGCAAGUCAAACCAUUAACGGUGCGGCUAAAGCAGCCGUCGGUAUGGGAAUUGGCUGUGUCGGUGCAGCCGCAUUUUUAUUAUGA